UAGCCGUAAAUGGACCUUCGCCACCACUGUUGAUAUCUUCAGGAACCGAUGUAUGCUCUACCGUCUUCAGUCUUCUUGUGCUAUUGGUGGUUACCCGUCAAUUAUCUCGCUGUAUGGCCGAAAAAAGGUGGUGGUAAUUGCGUGUAAUAGACAAUAAUAUAAUUUUAUCUUAAAUAUUCUUAAAGAUGUUACUUUAAAAUAUUAAUAAAUUAAAAUAAAUAUAUUUUACUUUUAAAAAUUAUUUCAAACGUUUUUUCUGUGAUUGUAUUUUCUACUCAAAGUCAAUUUCUGUUAAGCUUAUAACUAUAAUCAGAACAUUACGUAAUGGAAUAAUACAGAUAUGAGUGAUGAGGGAAGAGGAUUUGGAAAUAGCGUUGAAAGUGGUCAUUGUGGGAAAUGGAGCAGUCGGAAAAUCGAGUAUGAUACAACGUUACUGCAGAGGAACAUUUACUAGGGAUUACAAAAAAACUAUCGGUGUUGAUUUCUUAGAAAGACAAUUUGAGUGCAAUGGAGAAGAUGUCAGACUUAUGUUGUGGGAUACAGCUGGUCAGGAAGAGUUUGAUGCCAUUACAAAAGCUUAUUACCGGGGAGCUCAAGCAUGUGUACUAGCAUUUUCAACAACAGAUAGAGAUUCUUUUGAAGCAAUUCAUUCUUGGAAAAUGAAGGUAGAAGAUGAAUGUGGUAAAAUACCUACAGUUAUAGUCCAAAAUAAAAUAGAUCUUAUUGAACACAGUGAGGUAGAUCCGCAAGAAGUUGAUAUACUAGCUCGGUCAUUGGGUUGUAAAGUAAUUUGUACAUCAGUAAAAGAUGAUGUAAAUGUAAACAAUGUCUUUAGAUAUUUAGCUUCAAGAUGUCUAGCAGAAAUACAAAAAGAAGAACAAGAAUAUUUGUCAGGAAAUGGAGUUCACCAGACAUAUACAAUUAGUUCAUUUGGUGCUGUACCUUACAGAAAUAAAAACUCUUCAGCGACUAUAAAACUGAGACAUGGAAAACUAAAACAAAAAAAGAAGAAUAUUUUCAAAAACUCUUGUGUCAUACCAUGAGUUGAUUAUUUCACUUUUUAUUUUAACUUUAUGUUUAAUAUACAAACUCAUGUUUUAUAAUGUAAUUUUUUUAUAGUAUGAAAAUAAACUGUAUGAUUAUAUAACAAUUAA